UGCAGAGCAAAGAACUGUGGACUUUUUCUCUUUUCAUAGACUUUGCUGCCCAUGUUGAGCGUACUUGCAGGCUUUCUGUGUAGAUGAACGUGGAGUGUGUGCCUCGAUGAGGAUGGCAGAGUGCAUAAGGACUGUGUGUGUGACACUGAUGCUGCUGUAUUUGGCUCCGCUAAGCACGGCUCACACAGCACACAGCGUUUACCCAAGGAUACGGCUCUCCUACAAAGAGCUUUGGCAGCUGAACAGGACCUGGGUGUUCCAGGGGCAUGGAACAGCUCUUCAGCCCCAGACCAUGCUGUUGGAUGAUGGCCAUGAGAGGCUUUAUGUCGGGGCCAAGAAUACUCUGUUCUCCCUAAGUCUGGACCGGGUUAACACACACUACAGAGAGAUCCAGUGGGCCAGUACUGAAUCUCAGAUAGAGGAAUGUUUGAUGAAGGGGAGGGAAAAGUCGGAGUGUGCAAACUAUAUCAAGGUCUUGCAGCAGUACAACCAGACCCAUUUACUGGUCUGUGGAACAGGAGCCUUUAACCCCAUCUGUUCCCUGGUCAGGGUGGGACACACAGGGCAGGAUAGGCGGUUUGCUCUUGAAGAGGAGAGUAUUACAAGUGGCAGAGGACGUUGUCCGUAUGACCCCAACAGUCCCUGCACAUCUACAUUCUCCAGAGGAGAGCUGUAUAUUGGCCUGUACACUGACUACUGGGAGAAUGACGGUGCUUUGUGUCGACUUAACAACCAGACCUACACACGCACUGAGAGAGACGACAGGCAGCAACUCAAUGAACCUAACUUUGUGGGGUCAGCAGUUAUCCCUGACAAUGAUGACAGGGAUGAUGAUAAAGUUUACUUCUUCUUCACUGAACGAGAGAUGGAUGCUGAGGGGGCGAACAAGGCUGUGUAUACCCGUGUUGGACGAGUCUGUGUGAACGACCAGGGAGGACAGAGAAUGCUGGUGAAUAGAUGGAGCUCUUUUCUGAAAACUCGUCUUAUCUGCUCUGUGGCUGGACCCAAUGGCAUUGAUACACACUUUGAUGAUCUUGAGGAUGUCUUUGUUCUCAGAAACAAGGAUGGGAAAAACCCAGAAAUCUUUGGCCUUUUUAGCACAACAAGUGCUGUGUUUAAAGGCUACGCUGUGUGUGUCUAUAACAUGGAAGACAUCAGAGCAGCUUUUAAUGGUCCAUUUGCCUACCGGGAGAGACCUGAGCAUCGCUGGUCACCUUAUGAGGACAGAGUCCCCUACCCUCGACCUGGAUCUUGUGCCAGUAAAGUGAAUGGUGGUGGCUUCUCCAGCUCUAAGGACUUUCCUGACGAGGUUUUGCGGUUUGUGCGUGCUCAUCCUGUGAUGUAUCAUCCAGUCCUUCCCCAGCAUCGUAGACCUGUCCUGUUGCAGACAGAGCCAGGCAGGAGAAAGCUGACCCAGAUUGCAGUAGACAGGGUCCAAGCCCAGGAUGGACACUACCAUGUUCUCUACAUCGGCACUGAUGACUCAGUGGUGUUGAAAGUUAUCACCAUCUACAACAAAGACACAGACACUAUGGAGGAGGUGCUGCUGGAAGAGCUGCAAGUAUUCAAGGUGCCAGCACCAAUAAAAGAGAUCAUAAUAUCACCAAAAAGGCAACAGCUGUAUGUGGGGUCAGAAGUGGGUGUGGCCCAGGUCAGACUACAUCAGUGUGACCUCUAUGGCUCAGAAUGUGCUGAUUGUUGUCUGGCCAGAGACCCUUACUGUGCCUGGGAUGGCCUCACCUGCUCCAGAUACUAUCCCGCUGGAGUCUACACGAAGAGCAGACGAUUCAGGCGGCAAGAUGUUCGUCAUGGCAACGCUGUCCAGCUGUGCAAUGGAAUGCAAAUUGAUGAUGAAAAAUGGCACAGAGCCGAGGAGAGGCUGGUGUACGGUGUCGAGAGCAACAGCACUUUACUCGAGUGCGUCCCUCGAUCACUUCAGGCCAAAGUCCUCUGGUUCUUACAUAAAGGAAGAGAGAAAAACGAGGUUCGAAGUGAUGAGCGAGUUAUCAUGACCUCCCACGGGCUGCUGUUCUUACGUGUGAGAAGCUCUGAUGCUGGUGUGUAUGUGUGCCAGACAGUGGAACACGGAUAUGUGCACACAUUAUUACGUGUCACUCUACACGUGCUGAAAGGGGAGAGGGUGGAGUCUGCGAUCCACAGAGCUAAUGAUGGAGAGGGAGAGAAAGCUGGAGCUUCAUGCCACCCCCCAAUGGGCUCCCUGCCAGGCCCAAGCAUCAGCCCCAGGGCUCUAGUGCCGUCCUCAGUCCCAGGCCCCCACUCCAGGCUGUGGUACAAGGAGUUCCUCCAGCUUAUUGGCUAUGGGGAUGCCCAGAGAGUAGAAGAGUACUGUGAGAGAGUGUGGUGCUCUGAUAAAAAACGUAAAAAGACCAAAAGAAGAUAUGCUCCACCAGGUGGCGAGAAGAGAGGGAAAGGGAGGGGAGAGGAGAACUCCCACAGAGCACCCAGGCACACCUUGGACACCUGAGGAGAACAGAGAUUAACUGCACAUACACAUACACACACACACACACACGCACACAUACAUAGUCUAAAGGUCAGACUCACUCAGUGUUUGCACCAUGUAAAAGGUUUUCACUUUGCUUUCAACAAGAGCAGUAACGCACAAACAACAGUAGCCAGCUGUCUCGCUACUGUAGCUACAUUUAUUACUCAAUAGUUUGACUAUGCUGUCACCAAUUAUUUUAAAAAUACUAAUUAUCUGGCGCAGACCCUGAGUAAAUACUAUAAAUGUCAGUGUCAGUGCAAAGCAGAGGCCCUGGAAUGAGAUGGGUGACUGAUUACACGACAUUGCCUCUGAUCUGAAGAGGCAGAACAUAUAUAUCAGCUCCUGUGGACUGACCCAGCCCAACCCAGCUGUCAAUCCAAACGCACACAGAGACUACUUCACCAAAUCUCUGCUCUAUCUCUCAUUAUGGCUCAAUAUGACUCUUACUGUAUCAGUUAUGAGAGAAAACAACGUGUUAAAAGGUAAUGGCAUUCUUUUUUUUUUUUGGUACAAUGAUAACUUAUUUUCUUAGUUUCUACUUUAAGUUCUGUAGUUGUUUAGAUGUCAUAAACUGGAAAAAAUAGUGUUGUUUUUGUACAGUGAAAAAUGCUUUGAGCUUUAUGAUACUGCUUUGAUUUUAAUGUGGUCAUGGCUGUGGUGUGUGUGGUUACAAUGGCCACAAUUCAUACAGUAAAAUGUUGCAAUGCCACUAUUAUGAAUAUUUGAAACAUGUUUUAAUUAUAAUUAUGCCCUCAAUGAAAGUAAGUACUAUUUAAGCACUUGUAAACCCUGUUACAGUAAACCAGUGGAUAUUAUUGUUAUUUUAAGUGUCUACAUUUAGAUCUGCAGUUGUGGUCAAAUGUACCAACAGUAUUGUGUGUAUUGUAUAUUGUAUUUAUCUAAAAUUAAGGGUGGUCUUUGUGUGCACAUCUGGUAACUGUGUAUUCAAAAACUCACCCUUCUCUGCUAUCCCCCCCUCUUUCCCUUAAUCUCUCUCUCUCUCUCUUCAUCUCUCUAUCAGGCCUUACUCCCUCUUCACCGCCCCAUUUGUUUGUUUGUAACAAUGUUGCAGAUGGGAUUCAUAAUUACCACCACAGACAAUAAUGUAGAACACCACAUGUCCCUUAGAAGAGACAGACAAAUAAAUGUUAGGGUGACCAUCCAAGCAUGUCAUUAGGAAAACUGAUGAGUCAGCCCCAUGAAUAUACAGCUACUCCUCAGAUGACAGAAACAUCAAAGAAUCUGAUGUCAACAUGAAAAGUAUUGUAGUGGAUAUGUUAAUAACAGAGUCUGGGGGAAUCACGUCUUGUUCCAUGUCGUGCCUUACUUACUUAUCUCUCGGUUUUGUCACUUUAUAGUUUGGAUCUGGCUGUCUUUACCACAUCCAUAAUGUGGUUAAGACAAUAGCUUGGUCUCUGUCAAGGCCUUAUACUCUUAUCUUCACUCAUCAUUCUCUUUGAAUGUUUUGAAGAGUUUUGACUUUGAUUGAAAAUGCUGUGUCUGCUAUACCCCUUAUAAAUACCUGCCAUUAA